GCUAGGCAGAUUGCCGGCGAACCGGCCCCGAGUGGGUCCGGGUUUGGGGUGGGACACGUCUCCGGACGCAGAGGGCGACGAACAGCUGUCUAGGCCGGAUCUCUGGCAGUAUUGCCUUGCUUCAGAGUGUUAGCCCGAACAUCACGAUUUUUCCGGAUCUCUUUCAAGUCCGCUAAACUCUAACCGGAACUCUUCACCUCCUGGACUCGGAGCAUUGAUAGAGGGGUAUUAUGGGCCUCCAGAUCCUCGCGCCCAUUCAUUUUGCAAACAUUCACUGUCGCGAUGGCUCAGCCCCGGUCCUUACCCUAAAGGAAGGAGUUCCCAGAUUAGCCAGGUGGACUGGCAGAGGAAGUGGACGACAAAGUUCUUCAUGCUGCUUUCAUACCUUUUGGAGACAUCACAGAUAUUCAGAUUCCUCUGGAUUAUGAAACAGAAAAGCACCGAGGAUUUGCUUUUGUUGAAUUUGAGUUGGCAGAGGAUGCUGCAGCAGCUAUCGACAACAUGAAUGAAUCUGAGCUCUUUGGACGGACAAUUCGUGUCAAUUUGGCCAAACCAAUGAGGAUUAAGGAAGGCUCUUCCAGACCAGUUUGGUCAGAUGAUGACUGGUUGAGGAAGUUUUCUGGGAAGACUCUUGAAGAGAAUAAAGAGGAAGAAGGGUCAGAGCCUCCCAAAGUGGAAACCCAGGAGGGAGAGCCCACUGCAAAAAAGGCCCGGUCAAACCCUCAGGUGUACAUGGAUAUCAAGAUUGGGAACAAGCCAGCCGGCCGCAUCCAGAUGCUCCUGCGUUCAGACGUCGUUCCCAUGACAGUAGAGAACUUCCGGUGCCUGUGCACCCACGAGAAGGGCUUUGGCUUCAAGGGCAGCAGCUUCCACCGCAUCAUCCCCCAGUUCAUGUGCCAGGGCGGCGACUUCACGAACCACAACGGCACCGGUGGCAAGUCCAUCUACGGGAAGAAGUUUGAUGACGAAAACUUCAUCCUCAAACACACGGGGCCAGGCCUGCUCUCCAUGGCCAACUCCGGCCCGAACACCAACGGCUCCCAGUUCUUCCUGACGUGUGACAAGACGGAUUGGCUGGAUGGCAAGCACGUGGUGUUUGGGGAGGUCACGGAAGGCCUGGACGUCUUGCGGCAGAUUGAGGCCCAGGGCAGCAAGGACGGGAAGCCCAAGCAGAAGGUGAUCAUCGCCGACUGUGGGGAGUACGUGUGAUGGGCGCUGUCUCUGUGCUGCCCCUGCGUAUCCAGGAGCGUCAGCCCCAGGGAGCCAGCACCUGAGGGUGUCCCGUUUGCAGCAAGCAGGGCUUUGUGCCAGGGCCCUUCCUCGAGCCAGCGUGGGCAGCUCUGCUGCGGGCACGGCCUGGGCUCACUCUGGGCUCUUGCCCAAGCGUGGCUGUGGCCCCACAGCCAACACUGGUGCCGCCCUCCCCACUGUGGACGGCCGUGCAUGGCCUUUCUGUGGCCUCUGUGCCAGGGCCUCUCCUGGGCCCUUGAGUGUGGCUCCUGGACGCUCCUUCUGGUGAAAUAAAUCCUAGUUCUUGUUCUGCUGCCUACAGCGAAUUCCUGGGAGCUGUCAGAGAUGGCACGGAAGGCCGCGCUGUCCCGCUGAGACAGGUUGGCGAAGGGAUGGGGCACAGCGUCUUCCCCACAGCUUUUCUUUCCUCCCUUGGGCAGAUUCCCUGAAAUGCCAGGGGAUCUAUCUCUGAGCCAGAUACCCUUGUCAGACCAUUGUCGAGACAGUGGGAUCGAAGAUAGUGGGGAAGUUCCCGUCUCGUGCUGCCUCUCCUCCUGACCCCCUGCCGGCCCAUCAUAGAGGCAGCAAGUGGACUCUCCAGUCCCAGCGGUCACUGGUUUAUUUGUUCACUUUCAUUCUACACAGUUUUUAAAUGAUAUUUUAUAACUCAAAGUGCCUCCUGCGUGCCAGGUACUGUACUUAUUCGUCAGGAGACAGGAACUCAGCAAACCCCGUGGGCCUAAGCCAGCCUACAGCCAGCUUGUUUUUGUGAAGAAAGUAAAAUAAAUAAAAUGCAGCCACAUCUGUUUCUUUA